AUGUUCUCUCUCAUGCUUAAUGGCUCAAUGCAUGGUUUCUUCAAAUCUCAGAGGGGUCAGAGACAAGGGGAUCUGAUCUCUCCUCUCCUAUUUGUUAUCUGUAUGGAGGACCUGUCAAGAGUCCUUCAUAAAAUGAGUGAUAUGAGUCAGCUUCAGUUUCAUCGAAGGUGCAAAGAGCUUAGACUCACACAUAUGUGUUUUGCUGAUGAUCUGAUCUUAUGUUGCAAAGGUGACUUCCCUUCUUCUUAUCUUAUUCUUCAAGCUUUCAAAUUGUAUUCCACUACCUCUGGACUGAAGGCAAAUCAGCAAAAAUCUUCUAUUUGCUGCCAUGGAAUGGAUAAUGAUGUCAUUCAGAGAAUCAUUGAUGUUUCUGGUUUUACCAUAAGUAAUCUGCCUUUCAAAUAUCUUGGUGUUCCUAUCUGUUCCAAGAGAAUUUAUGUUGCUCAAUGUGAUAUGCUAGUGGAUAAAAUGACAGCUAGAAUUAAGAUUUGCAGCUCUAGGAAUCUAUCUUAUGUUGUCAGAAACCAGCUUAUCAAUUUUGUGCUUUUGAGCUUGCACAUGUAUUGGGCUCAAAUUUACAUCCUCCCUAAGAAUGUAUUACAGGAGAUCACUAAGAUAUGCAGGGCCUUUCUGUGGAGUGGGCAUGCUUACAGCUCAAAGCCUAGUAGUGGAGCUUGGCACAAAACUUGCAGCAGUAAGCAAAUAGGUGGUCUAGGUUUUAGAGAUGUUGUUCUUUGGAACACUGCUAACAUGGGUAAGUAUGUGUGGGGUUUAGCCACUAAGCAAGACAAUAUUUGGGUUAAAUGGGUCACCUCUGCUUACCUAAAGAAUGGGGAAUGGUGGGGAUAUCAGCCAAGCAAUUCUGCAAGCCGGUAUUGGAAGAAGAUUUGUGAGAUAAAAGGGCUUCUGAAACAAGCCUAUUAUGAGAUAUAUGAGAAGUUAGCCGGGGAUAAACCUAAAGUGCACUGGGAUAGGCUAGUGUGGAAUAGACUUAACACCCCAAAACCUAGAUCCAUUGCUUGGCUUGCAAUUCAAGCUAGACUUCAAACUACAGCCAAACUUGCAAAAAUAGGGAUCAGUAACUCUGCUAGAUGUCUGAUUUGUGGCCAAGGUGAUGAGGAUCAUGAUCAUUUAUUUUUUUGGUGCCCUUAUAACAGCAAAUCCUUGUUGGAAAUGAAGAAUUGGAUGGGUUUGCAGUGUUCUGGUAACAAUCUGCAUCAUCUAUUCAGGGGUAUCAGUCAGAGUAGAAGUACUAAGUUCAUAAAACAAGUGUUUUUUGAAGCAUUGGUAGCUCUUGUGCACUUGAUUUGGAAAUGCAGAAAUACAAGUUAUUGGGAUCAGACUAUUCCCACUGUCAAAAGCACCAUCAGUAACAUGAUGCAAGUUGUAAAGAGUAGAAUAAAAGCAGUGUUGCCUAAGAAUGUUAGCAUGUCUGAUAGCCAUUGGUUUUUGGCUUUGUAG